CGCGCAGGGUGGAGGCUGUCUCUGGCCGCACCGAGCGGCCCCCGCUGGCUGGCGGCCGGUGGUCACUUUGCGGCAGCGCCACCGCUUCGCCUCCGCGCCGGGGCCGGGCCGGGCCACGCUGCGCCCGGGAUUGGCUGCGCCGCUGCCUCGUCCCAGAAUGCAGCGCAUGGCGCGUCAUUGAAGAGAGACCAUGAUGGCGGCGGCCGCGGCGGCGGCGGGGGGGGCCCCCGAGGUGAUCGCCCAGCUGGAGAACGCGGCCAAAGUGCUGAUGGCACCACCUUCCAUGGUCAAUAAUGAACAACGCCAACACGCUGAGCACAUAUUCUUAUCAUUUAGAAAAUCGAAAUCGCCAUUCGCUGUUUGCAAACACAUUUUGGAAACUAGUAAAGUGGAUUAUGUCCUUUUUCAAGCUGCUACAGCAAUAAUGGAAGCAGUUGUAAGAGAAUGGAUUCUCUUGGAAAAAAAUAGCAUUGAGUCACUGAGAACAUUCCUUCUAACCUAUGUCUUACAAAGGCCUAACCUGCAAAAGUACGUUCGGGAGCAGAUUCUGUUAGCAGUAGCGGUGAUAGUGAAACGGGGAUCAUUAGACAAAUCAAUCGACUGCAAAAGCAUCUUUCAUGAAGUCAGCCAGUUGAUCAGCAGUGGUAACCCCACUGUGCAAACUUUGGCCUGUUCCAUUUUAACGGCAUUGUUGAGCGAGUUCUCAAGUUCAAGUAAAACCAGCAACAUUGGACUAAGCAUGGAGUUCCAUGGUAACUGUAAACGUAUAUUUCAGGAGGAUGAUCUGCGGCAGAUCUUCAUGCUCACAGUAGAGGUACUUCAGGAAUUCAGCAGACGUGAAAACCUCAAUGCUCAGAUGUCUUCAGUGUUUCAGCGUUAUCUUGCACUAGCCAAUCAAGUCUUAAGUUGGAACUUCCUUCCUCCAAAUUUGGGCAGACAUUAUAUAGCUAUGUUUGAAUCCUCACAAAAUGUGAUGCUAAAGCCAACAGAAUCCUGGCGUGAGACCCUCCUGGACAGCAGAGUUAUGGAGCUUUUCUUUACAGUACAUCGAAAAAUCAGAGAAGAUACAGAUAUGGCCCAAGAUUCAUUACAGUGUCUGGCACAGCUGGCGUCUUUGCACGGGCCAGUCUUUCCCGAUGAAGGUUCACAAGUUGAUUACCUGGCACACUUCAUUGAGGGAUUACUGAAUACUAUCAAUGGAAUUGAAAUAGAAGACUCUGAAGCAGUGGGAAUUUCCAGUAUUAUCAGCAACCUGAUAACCGUAUUUCCUCGCAAUAUUUUAACUGCCAUUCCAAAUGAACUUUUCUCUUCAUUUGUUAACUGCCUUGCACAUCUCACCUGUUCUUUUGGAAGAAGUGCUGCCUUGGAAGAAGUGCUUGACAAAGAUGACAUGGUGUAUAUGGAAGCAUAUGAUAAGUUGUUGGAAUCUUGGCUUACUUUGGUACAAGAUGACAAACAUUUCCAUAAAGGUUUCUUUACCCAACAUGCUGUUCAGGUCUUUAAUUCCUACAUUCAGUGCCAUCUAGCUGCUCCCGAUGGCACAAGGAAUUUGACUGCCAAUGGUGUGGCCUCUCGGGAAGAAGAAGAAAUAAGCGAACUGCAGGAAGAUGACAGAGACCAGUUCUGUGACCAGUUGGCCAGCGUAGGCAUGCUGGGGAGAAUUGCUGCAGAACACUGUAUACCUCUUCUUACAAGUUUAUUAGAAGACCGAGUGACAAGGCUUCAUGGUCAGUUGCAAAGACAUCAGCAGCAGUUACUUGCCUCACCAGCGUCGGGCUCCAUUGACAAUAAAGUGCUUGAUGACUUGUAUGAGGAUAUUCAUUGGCUUAUUUUAGUCACAGGCUACCUCUUGGCUAAUGAUACUCAGGGAGAGACGCCGUUAAUACCUCCAGAAGUAAUGGAAUAUUCCAUAAAACAUGCAACUGAGGUUGACAUCAAUACAACACUUCAGAUUCUGGGAUCUCCAGGAGAAAAGGCCUCUUCCAUCCCAGGGUACAACAGAACUGAUUCUGUAAUUAGGUUGUUAUCUGCUAUUUUAAGAGUCUCAGAAGUAGAAUCUAGAGCAAUAAGGGCAAAUCUCACACGCCUCCUGAGCCCCCAGAUGGGCAAAGAUAUUGUAUGGUUCCUCAAGCGCUGGGCAAAGACUUACCUCCUAGUAGAUGAAAAACUGUAUGAUCAGAUAAGUCUGCCAUUUAGUACAGCAUUUGGUGCUGAUACAGAGGGUUCCCAGUGGAUUGUGGGUUACCUUUUAGAAAAAGUGAUCAGUAACCUGGCAGUGUGGAGUUCAGAGCAGGACCUUGCAAAUGAUACUGUACAACUGCUAGUAACAUUAGUGGAAAGGAGAGAGCGGGCAAACUUAGUUAUUCAGUGUGAAAACUGGUGGAAUUUAGCUAAACAGUUUGCAAGGCGAAGCCCUCCUCUUCACUAUUUGUCCAGUUCUGUGCAGAGAACAUUAAUGAAAGCUUUAGUUUUAGGAGGUUUUGCUCAUAUGGAUACAGAAACAAAGCAACAGUACUGGACAGAGGUUCUUCAGCCACUUCAGCAACGAUUCUUGAAUGUGAUAAACCAAGAAAACUUUCAGCAGAUCUGUCAGGAGGAGGAAGUGAAACAAGAAAUCACCGCUACGUUAGAAGCGCUCUGUGGCAUUGCCGAGGCUACCCAGAUUGAUAACGUAGCAAUUCUGUUCAAUUUCCUAAUGGACUUCCUUAAUAAUUGCAUUGGAUUAAUGGAAGUAUACAAAAACACACCAGAGACUGUUAAUCUCAUCAUAGAAGUCUUCGUUGAAGUUGCACACAAACAAAUUUGUUAUCUUGGAGAGGCCAAAGCCAUGAACUUGUAUGAGGCCUGCCUAACUCUGCUUCAGGUGUAUUCCAAGAAUAAUCUAGGUCGACAACGGAUAGAUGUUACAGCAGAAGAAGACCAGUACCAGGAUCUGCUUCUUAUUAUGGAGCUUCUCACAAAUCUUUUAUCAAAAGAAUUCAUAGAUUUCAGUGAUACAGAUGAAGUGUUUAGAGGACAUGAGCCUGGACAAGCCACAAAUAGAUCUGUAUCAGCAGCAGAUGUUGUCUUGUAUGGGGUUAAUCUAGUUCUGCCUCUAAUGUCCCAGGAUCUGCUGAAGUUUCCAUCCCUGUGUAACCAAUAUUACAAAUUAAUCACUUUCAUCUGUGAGAUAUUCCCUGAGAAAAUUCCACAACUUCCAGAGGACCUCUUUAAGAGUCUAAUGUACUCGCUGGAGCUGGGGAUGUCAUCAAUGAGUUCAGAGGUUUGCCAGCUCUGUCUAGAGGCUGUAACUCCAUUAGCAGAACAGUGUGCAAAAGCACAAGAAACAGAUUCAACUCUCUUUCUAGCAACAAGGCACUUUCUUAAGAUGGUCUUUGAUAUGCUGGUACUUCAGAAGCACAAUACAGAAAUGACAACUGCAGCAGGAGAAGCAUUCUACACAUUAGUGUGUUUGCAUCAGGCUGAAUAUUCAGAGCUAGUUGAAACUUUGCUAUCGACUCAACAAGAUCCAGUAAUUUACCAGCGGUUAGCAGAUGCCUUCAACAAGCUUACUGCAAGCAGUACUCCCCCUACACUGGACCGUAAGCAGAAGAUGGCCUUCUUAAAGAGUUUAGAAGAAUUUAUGGCAAAUGUUGGUGGACUUCUCUGUGUAAAAUAAACAACAAAACUUUAUGCCUAAUUUAGACCCUUUCUGCAAAAUGCACUGAGAAAUGCUGAAUGCUGACUAAAUCUUGUACCUGUCUCUGGGUUCUUUGCAGCCAUCUCAGUUCUAGAGAGCCUGGAAGUUUGAACAUAACACAAUGGAAGAGGAGAGGUCAACUUUGAAUCAGCUUCUGCUAUUAUGUAUUAGCUGCAAUCUGUCAUACUUGUGUGUGGGAGAGAGUGAACAGAAAAUCUGAAUUUAAAUCUUUUCCAUAUAUGUGCAAACAGAUAGGGGCACAAUGAGAAAUAAAUGCAGUGCCUUUCCCCCUGCACUGGUUUAAAAUAUGGGUAACUAGAUAAAAGUACAGAUUUCUUUUCUACCCAAAAUCAUGUUAGUAUGAUGCAGAUACAUACAAAGCUCUAAACAGUUUAGCUGAUUUUAAGCUUUAUUUUUCCUCUAUUUGAGUUUGUGUUCCAAUGGAGAAGAAAAACCAAAUGGUGUUUGAACUUGCAAUUAGUUCUGGUUUUCUACAUCAACCUGAUAUUGCAUAUUUAAUGCAAUGCAAGGUUUUACAUUGUGUUCUGCUGCCUAAAGUUCAGAGAGAAGAAAAAAAAAGGUGUAUAUUUUUGUUCCCCUAAGAUGAACUUUAGGAAUUGUAGCCAUUUCAUUGCCUUAAUUUAAAAGGAAAUAAAAAGAAAAAGUUCAUAUACUUUAAGAAAUUUAAGGCAGGAUUUGACUCCUCAGAGUUGGUUUAGGAUGUUGGCAUUAAGCUGCUGUGUACCUGUUGCAGCCCUUCAUGUUGAUGUGUCAUUUUGGAAUGAGUGUCUAGUGCAAGGUUCAUGUGUAGUUUUACUUUCAGUAUCUGUUUUGAUUCAUACCCAGAUUGCACGCAACUGCAAUGUACUUCUACACUGAACUGUUUGCUUAAGCAAUAACAAUUCAAAAGGUGUAAAUUACUGGCAAAUAUUUAAGUUGGGGCAUUAGCUAAACCAGUUAUGCUAGAAGAGGGGCAUCAAACCCUUUAGUCGAGGGCCAUAUUUGUUUGACUUGGGAGAAAGGCAACUGGGAUGUGUAGUGCUCUGGGGGAUUUUUGGUUUUGUGAAAGUGGAGCGAGAUUCAACAGAGCCCUUCCAGCUGCUCUGCUCUUGCUUGGGUUUUUUUUCAUAUCAGCACUUUAGCUCUUAUGAGAGCAUAACAUGAGUGCCCUGAGUAUAGUGGACCAGCAAGAGGGAAGCAGCAUACAAAUACUGAAAGCAAGGCCUGCGUUGUCUCCAGCUAUAAGCCAGAUAAAACUGAAGCAAACUGAAGUGCUGCAUGUCCAGGAAAACUGAUUUUUGUGGAAAUACAUGGAGGCAGAAGUGAGCCCUUUUGUUUAAGACCUCUGCUGGAUGAUGCCAUUUACUUAAAAUUUAUGUAAAAUGUACAGCAUACACCUUUACAUGGCUAUAUAUAGCAUCAUGUUUGCAACUCUGUGCCAUUCUUCAGCUAUUCAUCUCAAAAUCAGUCACAAUAGCCAGGAUGUUUAAAAGACAUGAAUCUGUAAUACUGCGCUAUGA